CUGCCGGCUGAACCAAGUAAGGAGGCCGAGAUAUAUAUGUGAUCGAUAUAAAUAAGGUCGUAAUUGCAAAUUUAAUCUACCUUUCCACCGGUUCUUUACUCUUUAAUGGUCCCGAUAAUGGCUGAAGCGGACAGUUCAAACGUCUGCAACUUUCUACCCGUUUAACGAAUUGUUGAGUACAAGGUUGGGGCACCAGUUUGUGUAGGUGAGCACAGCUUGUAAGGUGAUGCCCGAUAAAUGGAUGCCGCCAUUUAGACCUUCCCAGUUGAUAUACUCUGAGUUUCCAGAGGAUCGGGCAAGAAGCCUGAACCUGAAUAGGAGAGAAUCAUUCAUUAACCAUUAUGAAAAAAAGCCUAGGACGUUGAGUCCACAGCCGAAGGAUUAUCCAGAAGACAACACAAUCACACAUUAUUCAGCGCAAACAGGGUCUGAUGAUUUUUUCAACUUCAACUUAUUCAGCGGGUUAAAAGGGGUGAAAUAUGAAAAACCUUCUGAAAUUUUGGAAAGGGAUGCGCAGAUACUUGACGGAAUGAAUCCGCCUCUGUCGCCAGAAGGACGGAGUAAAGACUCUGAUAAUUCACAUGAAGGGACACGACAGGAUUAUUUUUAUACGUCGACUAACCACCUGGAGUAUCCUGUCGUCGGACAGGAGAAAAAAAUUGUUACCCGCCCUCCACAGUCUUCGACGUUGGCGAACACCGUCUACCCGAUCAACAAGAUCUCAGUCUUCAAAAAUCCGCCCAAGCCUCCCGGAUUCAAACUCUGGCCGGGUCUAGCAAGGUGGAAGACAGUGCUCGAAGAUCAGGAAUUAUCAUUGCAGUAUAUGAAACCACCACCGUUGGGACAAAAGCAGAUUUGGGCGAGAACUUACAAACAGAGGUUGAGACCAAAAUCCGGCUUUAACUACUUAUAAAUUAUUAUUAAUUUUUUUAUUGCUUGUACAAAUUUAUUUAUUUAAGCUUGUGCCAGAUCACAUGGGGCAAAUUUGUGAUAUGAACUAAUCGUUCGUAAUUGCUCUCUCUCUCUCUCUCUCUCUCUCUCUCUCUCUCUCUCUCUCUUUCUCUUUCUUUCUUUCAUUAAUUAUAAGUUGUUCUAUUAUUGGUUUAUAAUAACAAAUUUAACUGACGAUAAGUGGUAUACAAUUAAAGCUCUGGACACACGUACACACAUUUUACAUUACUCUAAAUGUCAUUAUUAUUUUAAAUAUUAUUAUCAAAACUUAAGCCGCAUCGACGGUCGCGUACUUUCUCCGGUAACGUAAAGGUGAAAAAGCUUUCCUUCUGCGGGUAGUGACGAAUUAGACGAUGUAUUCGACCGAAUCUAACUAAUUCCUCGCUACAAAAUGACCGAAAGCCAAGCUUUGUGAAAGGUCAGUCCAAGGAAAUCGAGAAUUCCUCAGUUGUUCUGUAUCAAAAAGGUCAAGAGGUUAAACCUUCUGGCAAUCGUGUCAUUUAAGACCAAAAUAAAAGCACUUUCUUCUAAAUCUCGAUGAAAGUGUGUUUAUGAGGAAACACCGUGUCACGUACAUCCUCGGUUGAAACUUUAUAGAAAUCAAAUCAAAACAAAGUAAAAAAGGCUCGUGCAGAAAAGAUGAACGAAAGUAUAAUGGAUUGAAGCUGACAUAAAAAAAAUUAUAAUAGAUCGGUGGGAAUUGGGAACAAAAAGCUCCCGGGCUUGUUAAAAAAAAAGUCGGCCUCGUCAAGCACAUUUGCUUGAAUCAUGGAGAUCCUUAUCCCACACCUCGUCUGGGCUUUAGAAAAUGAGUGCGUUGUAGUUUUUGACUUUGCAAAAGCGUGAUUGGAACCGUCAAGCUUUUCACAUCGAUAAUUUCAAAAAGUCAAACCGGUUUCGACAAUGAAAACUGCAUUUUGGAAAAUUUAGAUUAAUUUUUGUAACAUUUUUCGAUUUGCUAAUCGCACACCAAACCAACAAAACACAUUAACUUUUUUGCCAAUAUUGAACUUCGAAAUUUUCAAAAUAAAAAAUUAAAACAUUUCACGAAACAGAAAUUGGUUUUGUACUAAAACAAGUACAUGUAAUAAUAAAUUGUUAUUAUUAACAUUACUAAUCACUGGCAGGCUUCGAAAUCAACCACCUCCGGUGUUAACAGUCCGCGUCUUCGGUCUUAUCCAGUCAUAGUGCUGGGGACACAUCCUUAGAUCAAAACCCAUUCACAUUCUCACUCAUUCUUAAAUUCAUUCUUUUCUAUUUACGUACCUUCACUCAAUUAGGGGGGUAGGAGGACUCGACAUUCCUCCAACAUCUUUUAAACCUAUUAUAUAACUAUUGGGGUGCUCAAUAGGCUUCCAUUAUCCCUCUUACACUACACAUUCACAAUACAUUCUCAAAUACAUUCUCUCGCAACACACGCUUGGGUCACAAAAUUAUAAUUUCUAUAUUCAAUAAAACAAAUUUCCUCCACAAAUCGGAUCAGGGAGCCUAAAGAUUGAUCGCCGAGCUCGAGCACAAUUCUUACAUUGGGCGGCAUUCCUACACGUUCCCUAUAUGGAGCCCAAUAAUGACACCCAAUGUUAUUAUUAUAAAUUAAUAACAAUUAUUUAAUACGUCCGGAAACUUUUAUUUUCACUGAAACUUAGGAUAAAAUUUUAAUCGUUUAAAGAGCAUUGGCAUAAAUCUUUUUUUAUUAUACUAAACAUUACAGAGUUGUAUGUCGUAUGAAGAUAUUGUAUUGAAUUUUCAUAAGUAGUACUGAGCACUAUACAAUUUGUCAUCAUAAUUUCCACAAAUCGUCAGUUCAUUAAAAAAAUGUUUCCACCUUGAUAUAAGUACCUGAUUUUUUUAUUUUUGUAACUAAUAUU